AUGUCGCGACUCCAACAACCACACCCCGAAUUCGCCGACCAGAUGGACUUGGAUUGCGAUAUGAGAUUGGGUGAAGACGAUUGCGACAUGACAUUAGGGGAUGAAGAGAGAGAACACUUUGAUUGGGAGGGGGCGUGGGCAGAACUAGAAACUGGGUCCGGGUCGAUCACGGAAAAGUCAUUUGCGCCCAGUACACAGGAGGCGGUCAAGUCGUUCUGGGUUUGGUUUAACAAGUUUAACGAAACUGUUCUGUGUAAACGCAAUUUACGCACGGGUACGGACGCCCUGAGGCUAUUAACCACGGCAGAAAUUCAACUAUAUCUGUUAUAUCGUCUGAGAUCUUCCCGCACGAUCAAGAAGAAGGGACGUCUGCACAGAUCAACAGUAGAGGGCUUAUUUAAAACCCUGCAAAUGGUCUACUACAAAUACACCCAGGUGCAACUUCCCAGGAAGAUAAACGAUGCCAUUAAUAAGUUUAUCGAGUCGACUCUCACGGAGGAUUUCGAUCUUAUAAUGGAGCGUAAAGAGAAGCCAACUUGCUGCGUGACCGAUUUAUUUAACCUGUUAUAUUACCAUUGGUGUCGAGACGUACAGAGUACAUGUCAUGGUCGUUAUAAGAUACAGGUUGCUUUUUUAAUGCAACUUAUCGCAUACACAUCAUCGAGGCCGGGCUCUAUCAUCGAGGCUAAUGCCUAUAAGGGUCUUAGCCAGGUAUUGAAAUACAAGGAUAUGGGUCUAUCGUUAUUAAGGAACGGCGAACAUGGUGGUGUGAUUCUGGUGUUAGAAGUGACCACUACAUUUCUCAAGGGCAAGAGGAAUAAACGUGAACCAGUGACAUACGUUCUUUACGAGAGGCGAGACAACCCAAUAUUUUGUCCCAUUAUGAAUUUCCUAGCGUUGGCAUUUGCCGAUAACGCAUUUAUGGAAGGCGGAAUAAAAAAGCCAGAAGACCUAUUUGCGCUGGAAAUCCCCGACUUCAAAGAGACACUAUCAAUAAAUUGGAAAGAGGAUAUGCUCGAAACUCCGGUAUUUCGGCGACAAGAAGGGACGGAUAUAUCCCGGACUACGCCGAUGGCAUAUCGCGAUUUAAAUCACUAUGUUGGGCGAUUAGGCGUCUUAUCAGGUUAUCCACAAAGGUUGACUACUUACGUUUUGCGCAGAGGAGCUGCGAAUGCCGUGGAUUCUCCGGAGGUAUCAGAGGUCCAGAGAAAUCAGAUCAUGGGCCACUCAAGAGCCGACACCUUCCGGAAGCAUUAUUUGCAUCAAACCGUGAAAAUCGACACACAGAGCGCAUACCUGGGAACCGUCAGUCGAUCUGACCUUAUCCGGAACAUUGGCUUGAUGAGCGCCAAGAGAGACCCCCGAGCACCAGUCAAAGUUGACCGGUCUAAGAUCGACCUUGAGGCACACCCAGAAAUUGUCAAGAUGACAGCCGAUGCACAACGACUAGCAAAGAGGUUGAGAGCCAAGUCCAAGACACUCAGAGCAGCCAGCGUCCAAGAUCCAGCCGGGCACAAGGCAUAUCUUGCGUUGCAAAGGCGGCUUAACGCGCGGAAACGGACUAUAGAGCGCGCAGAGUUUGACCGGACAAGAAAAGAUUGGUUCAGCAACGUGGACCAUGAAGAAAUAAAACUGCAACUUGGUGGUGCAGAAGCAUCAAAGUUUACUGCCGAGGAGCCCAAUUUGUGUUCGUUGCGAACUGUAAUUGCCGACUACUACAAGGGUGUAGGCAACAAUAUCGCGUGGGCAGAUGCCUUACGAGCGCUCACUGGGCUAUGUCGCCAAAAGCCCCGGAUUCACGGCAACAGCGAACCAAAUCCAAACAGUCCACCGAUUCAUCACAGUGAGCCAAAUCCAAUCAACCCUCCAACCCAUGACAGCAGCGAACCAAACCCAAACAGUCCACCGAUUCACCACAGUGAGCCAGGUCCAGGCAAUUCUCCAACCCAUAGCAGCGAACCAAAUGCACGUAAUCACCGCACUCGCGGGAGGAAGAAGAGGGCGAGUGGGCCCAAACAGUGCCCUUUUUGUCUUAGCGAUAGUGAGUUACAACAAACGGAUAGAGAACACAGUUUUCACUCGGAGGGGACACUUCGAAAACAUAUCUAUUCACGUCACGACAUCCAUAUUAGCUCCAAGCAGCCUGUCAUGUGUCCUUUCGGCGCGUGCCCACAUGUAUUGGAUGAAGGCGAGCACCUAAAGAGUCACUUUUACAGCGAGCAUAAUAUCAGACUUUAUGUGUAA